AUUUUACAGUGUUUACAAACAAGAAGUGAAUUACGAGAAAAUAAAUUAAAUGAAAUUUAUUCGGCCCUCAACAUCGAAAAAAUGGAAAACUCGUCGCCCUUAGGUUGUCGUUUAUGCCUGGAUCCGUUUGCGGAUAAUUUUGAUUCCAUCGAUAACUUGAAAGAACAGAUGGAGAAGGUGUUCCAAUUUGCGAUAGUUUCCAAACAAGGAUUUUCCACCAUCGUUUGCCAGAGUUGUUCUUACAAGGUUUGCGAAUUCUACAAGUACUCGGAAAAAGUGCGAGUCAAUCAGGAAUUGCUGGCCACAGACACAAAACAUGCUUCUGAGUUACCAUCAAAUGACAUCAAAGCAGAACCAACUAUACCGAUUAAUGUCGUUGAAGACAUUCAUUGCGAGAUAAACUCUACUGGCGACAAACAACUGGAUCUCAAAGAAGAAUCGGAAGCGGAACUAGUAGAUGAUGGCCAAUGCCAAAGCGACGAUUCGUAUAAGCCACCUGUUCAAACCAGCAACGCUAAACGAAAAGGACGACGUCGGCGACAGCCACAGUCCAGUGAAGAUUCGGAUUCCUUCGACUCUGAGGACGAUGUCAAAUUGCGACCUAAAAGGAAGCUAACAAGUAAUCCUAAGUCCCGAGAACAGCGGGAAAAGGAUGAGAAGCUGAUAAACGAGUUUUACCGCAUGAUGUGCGAUGUGUGCAGUUUUGUUUCGGAAGAUUAUGAAUCGUUACGUCAACACUUCAGAGACGACCAUGGACGGAAAAGUUUUGUGACUUGCUGCAAAAAGAAGUUAACGUCCCGAAAAAUGCUCCUUGACCACAUCGCAUAUCACAAGAAUCCAAAUGUGUUCCAAUGUGACCAAUGUAAUAAAUCCUAUAAAAACGUUGAUUACCUUAAGGUGCAUAAAGAAAACAUUCACAGUAGUGAAGACAAGGAACAAUCCUUCGGAUGUGACGAGUGUGACAAAAGCUUUUCGAAGAAGUAUCAACUGAAGCAACAUCAGGAGAAACAUAAAAAGAUUCAAUGCCAAAUUUGCAACAGGUUCCUUUCGACCAGCCUUACGCUCAAUGCGCACAUGGCGAACAUGCACAGUGAAAAGAACCGCAUUAUGGUGUGUGACUUUUGCGGGCAAGAGUUUUUGAACAAGUUUUGCUUCGAUCGACACUUGGACAAGCACAAAGGAAUAGAAGUACCGAAGUUGCAGUGUCAGAUCUGUCAGAAAUGGUACAGAGGCGAACGGAACCUGCAAGGUCACAUCGAGAACUCGCACAACCAGAAGGGACGCCAGUUCCAGUGUGAUAUUUGCCACAAGUACUACCCGAAUGAUCGAACGAUGAAAAAGCAUAAGCGGGAUGUGCAUGUGGAGGAGCGGUUUGAGUGCGAAUUCUGUGGCAAACGGUUUAAGCAGUCGUUUAACUUGAAGGAACAUCGGACGACCCACACCGGCGAGGUGUUGUAUUCGUGCGAUUAUUGUGGCGUUACGAAGAACUCUCGUGCUAAUUUAUACGUGCAUGUCAAGCAGAAGCACCCGAUGGAAUGGGCCGAGAGGAAACGGCAACAGGCAGAAGCAAAUGCAACUAUGUGAGGGGUUACGACCACGGGGCUAGAAUAUUCAAAGGUGGCUGGUUCUACAUAUGAGAGGCAACAUUUGUCGUUUUUAAAUAGAAUGGUGUUUUGUAUCAAUUUCGAUGUGGCUCAACUUUUAACAGCAACUUGUGAGUUACUGUAAAGCUGUGAAUAUUUAAUUUA